CCACUGUAAACACGUGAAGUAUCAAGCGUGAGUUUUUUAUUUCCGAACGACUGAAUUAUUAUAUAAAACUCAUUUGUUUAUUGUUAUAGAAUUUCAAAUAAAUAUACCAUGGGCGAUAUAGAAGUCGAUGAGCAUAACAAUGAUUUGGCUGUUAGUAAUAAGACAAAUAAAUGCAAGUUGAAACGAGCUUGGAAAGAUGAGGACGAUGAAACAGAUGAUAUAAAGGAGCACAAGAAAAUCUUAAGACAAAAAUUUAUAAGUAUUGUUGGAAAACCGAAAUGGGCAAAAAUAGAUGAUAAAUCAAUAAACGAUAUUGGCAACGAUGAAGACAUAUUAAGAUACAGCGGUAAUUUAGCACAGCCUAAAAAAGGUGUCAGUUUAGCUAAAGGUAUAAUCAGCAUAAAGAAAGUACGUGGUUUAGAUUUGUCUACAUCGUCCUGCGGUAAAGUUGUGAAAGCAUUAGAGUUUCAUCCGACUGCUAACCUAGCAUUGGUCGGCGGUUCCUCCGGUCGAGUUUCUAUUGUCCAAGUCGACGGUUAUAAAAAUGAAAAACUACAGUCAGUAAAAUUUGAAAAGUUUUCAGUCGAUUGUGCACAUUUUACUACCGAUGGCCAACAAUUUGUGGCCGGAUCGAGAUCACAUCAUAAUUUUUAUUGUUACGAUUUAAUGGAAGGCAGAUCAAUGUUUGUUCCAGUUCACCAUGCAAUCGGACAGAGCAAAAUGAGCAAAUUUCACAUGUCACCUGACGGCAAAAUAAUAGCUUCGUGUGGGAAAUAUGGUAAUAUUCAUUUAUUCACUGCUAAAAGCAAAGAAUGGAUAACUACAUUGAAAAUGAAUGGUGAAGUGUCAGCUUUGACGUUCACUUCUGAUGGAAAACGCAUGUAUUCUUUUGGAGAUAUGGGUGAAAUUUAUGAAUGGGAUAUGAACAGUCGUCUGUGUGUAAAGAAAUUUAUGGACGAUGGAUGUCUUCAAGGCACGAGUUUAGCAUUAUCUCACAACGAUCAAUACUUAGCGGCUGGCUCGUCGGCGGGUGUUGUCAACUUAUAUAAACUACCGUACGAUGUCCAUCCGAAACCUGAAAAGACUAUUCUAAAUUUAGUAACAGCCGUUACUCGGUUGUCUUUUAAUAAAAACUCAGAUAUUUUAUCAAUGGCUUCAGACUAUAAAGAAAAUGCUAUAAAACUGUUGCACGUGUCGUCAAAAACAGUUUUUUCAAAUUUUCCUACUACAAGCUCCGAUGUUGGAAAAGUGUAUUCAAUGGAUUUUUCACCGAAUAGUGGAUACCUUGGUUUAGGAAACGAUAAAGGUCAAGCGCUUCUUUUUAAAUUGACACAUUUUCACAACUACUGAAGUAUAACAUGCCAUCAAUUCAUAACAAUAAUACAAAUAAUCACAGUUGCAUUUAAACAAUAAUAUACUACACAUAUUAUAUAAAUAAAAUGCGUAAUAAAAAAAAAGAGGAAUUACUCUUAAUAAUUUAAUGUUAUUUUUUAAAGUGUGACCGAUCAUUUAAUUAAAAUUGUUGGAUUAUUUCAAUUUUACAUAAUAAAAACCGU